GAAAGUGGUUGUUGGUAGUCUCGCAGUAACAAAAACCCAGGAAAGCGAGAGGGAAAUGGACAAGAUGGCGAUGCUGAGAUCCGUAUGCCGAGCUGCCUCUUUCAGAUCAUCGUCGCGGUUUGCGGCUAUUACCGAGCAGCAGCUCCGCCAUCACUAUCACCACGCAGCUUCGCGAUCCCUCUUCCAUGGCUCUUCUUCCGCUUCAGUCACAGCCCCUUCAAGCCGCAUCCUUUCUGAUUGUAGAUAUGCUCUCACAAUGAGUGUAGGAAGUAUCCGAUCUUUUAGUGAGGAUGUGACUCACAUGCCUGUCAUAAGAGAUCCUGAAAUUCGAAAUGUUUUUAAGGACUUGAUAGCUGCAAGUUGGGAUGAGCUCCCUGAUGCUGUUGUCAAUGACGCAACAAAAGCUUUGUCUAAAGAUACCGAUGACAAGACUGGCCAAGAGGUCCUGUCAAAUGUCUUUCGGGCAGCUGAAGCAGUUGAAGAAUUUGGUGGGAUUCUUGUAUCCUUAAAAAUGGAACUUGAUGACGCUGUUGGAGCGAGUGGCGAGAAUGUAAAGCCACUACCGGAAGAAUAUUCUAAUGCACUGCGAACGGUUUUUCAACGAUAUAAUGUGUAUUUGGAUGCUUUUGGACCUGAUGAGGCUUAUUUGCGGAAGAAAGUCGAGAAUGAAUUGGGAGCAAAGAUGAUUUACUUGAAGAUGCGUUGUGCUGGCCUUGGUCCUGAGUGGGGGAAGAUUACUGUUCUAGGCACUUCUGGACUUUCGGGAUCUUAUGUUGAGCUGAGAGCUUAGCACCAGAGUUUGGAAAUGUUAUUGCCAUUGUGACCCUUUUGUUUUCAGAAUCAUAAUUCUGAUUCGUUGUAGAAAAAUCUUAUUUUCUCUUCGAAAGAUCGAUUUCUGUUGGAGUUGGGUGUAGUUGAAUAAGAGCUUUUCUUUGUCAGUAGCAAAUGGAGCAAUCUAGCAAUCAUGUUUUUGAUGUUUCCUCCAUUGGUCGUCCAAGGCCAAUCGAAUUUUUUUUCCUAUUAUUUCUCACAAUUUUCAGUAUAUGAUUAUGUUUGUCGUUAAAUUUGCUAAACAUUUUGGGAAAUAAUUUUUUCCAAGAAUUAAUAAUAUUAUCAGUUCUUUUUGU